GAGCGCCUGUAAACGAAUAUCCUGUCCCUUGCAUUUUUCGCCGUCGGGAAACAAUUGUCGGUAGGUGAGUGAAAUCCCACGGGCCGUCGGUAGCCCCUUUGUCGUUUUGACGCUCGCUGAGGACAGUUAAAUUGCAACCAUUAAGGGCUGUUGCCACCGUGCUCCGCAUGUGACCGAGCAGACAGGGGAGGGGCGGUCAGUCUCGUGUAUAGUACCGUGGAACACCGAGUUCUAGCUAAUGUAGCUGAGCAGCAGCAGCAACGGCUACACGGACAAGAAGGAGUCGCCGAGACACAGGAGACACCUCGACCCGGCUGCAAGCUCAUAUCCCCCACCUUGGAAGACAGCGUCGUUGGAACAGCACCAGACACAAACCUUUGAUAUGCCAAUGUAGUUGUUGUGAGAGCUUGUCAAGCCAAGGACAUUGUCAGCACAGCAGGAAAGGAGAUGAGCACCAAGAGGAAGGCAGAGAGUCACUCAAGGGCAGCAAACAGACCACACAUCAUGAAGUCUGGAGACUCCCGAGCUGAUUCAGAGAGAGACUCUGGAUUCUCAGAUGCAAGCUCAGAGCACAUGAGCGCAAUGGACACCACAGACUCUGAGGAUUCACCCCGCCCUGUUGUACAGCAAGGACCACAGGGGCCCCAGCCCUCUCAGCUGGCUGUGGUGGGAGGUUCCUACUCCAGCCUUUCUCCCAUGAUCAUCAUGAACAAUGUCCUCCUGAAGCAGCCUGGAGACAAUCCUCCUGCUCUGAAGCCAUGGGGGUUUAGUCCCACAGUGGAGGUGGUGCAGCCUGUGGUUCAGCCUGUGGUCCAGCCUGUGGUCCAGCAGCCCCAGGUGGUUUUCCUCCAGCCUAUGGUCUCUCAUCAAGCUUCCCCUGCCUCCAAAGAGGCCACCUCAAGACACAGACGCCCUAAGAAGUAUCUUCCAAUCCUGAAAUCCUACCCCAAGAUUGCUCCACAUCCAGGAGACAGCUCCACUUCCUCUGGGAGAGGAACUGCAUCCUUAUCUUCACCUGCAUCCUCCUCCUCUUCUUCUUAUUCCUCCUCUUCUUCAGGGUCAAAAAGAGGUAGCAGUCUGUCCUCCAACCACCGUGAACACUGUCAGAGAGAGAAACAGCCAAGAAGUCUGUGCGGUGGUGCCAUUAACUCUGGCUCAACCAUUCCCAGUCUUCCUGGUACCUCCAGCACCAUGUCACCUCUGCUCCAGCGCCGACUUUCUUUCCCUGCAACAGAAACCAGUGCCAGCAGUAGUCCUGCCAGGGAGAGGCCUUCAUCAGCUAUCAGCCAGCCAGAGUUUACCACCUCCCUGUCUUUCACUCAUACCACUGGUUCCAAAAACCAGACACUCCCUGCACAAAUGGACACAGAGGAGAACAUCUCACUGGGAGAACACGACCACAGUGACAGUGAUGCUGACACACGGAGGAAGCGCUUCUGCAACACCUACAACAUCCUGAGCAAAUCAGGUCUGCUAGACAUCACACUUCGCGCCAAGGAGCUCCUCAGGCAGAACAGACGCACCCAAAACGACCUAGACCGCCUAAAAGAACAUACAGACCUGUUUCUUCAAGCUCUGCGGAGCGGUGACACUAGCAUCUGUGUCAAGCUGCAGGCCAGCCUGCAAGAGGAAGACCGAGAAAAAGAGAGGGAGAGAGCUGCUCAGACCAGCUUAAAGACAGAUUAGACCUAGACUAAAGCCAGACGAUAAGCCUUUAGACUGACAUGGGGAAAGGAAGGCCAGGGUUGGGGGUUGGAGUGUACACAGACAGAUGAACCGAGAGUAAUGUUCUCCACAAUAUGCACCCACCCCCAGACUCUCUCACACACAGUGAGCUGUGGCCUACAUUUUGGCUGUAGCCUGCCCUAGGGCCCUGACACACCAAGCCAGCCUCAAACAAUUAGUGCAGAUAAAGGCUUUUUCUUGCCGCAUGUCUUCAGUUUAAAGUUGCACUUAAACUCAAUGCAAGACUCUAGCUGGUUUCCACCAACAUGCAAAUGUCUGUAUUCACAAUCAUGGAAAGAGAAGCAAAGCAAACUAUACAAGCAUUCUUUGAGAAAAUCAGAUUAUACACUGGUAAUGCAGGUAUGUCUCCUUAAAAAGUUGCCUGUCAACUUUGCUUUGCUGUUCUUCAUGGUGUCAGUCUGUGGUAUUAAGCUCGUGGAAAGAGGAAUAAAUAGAGGUGAAAAUCUUGCUAAAGAAUUGCUACAUCAGUUUCUCUAACCUCCUCAUUCACUGACUCAGCAAGCUUAUUCGACCAAACGUCCGCAGUCCCCACUCGUGCCAUCAGUUUAGGACACAGUGCAAAAGCAAAGGGCGACUGUCAGCUACACACAGAGCACUGUACAGUUGCCAACUGUCGGCUUGGUGUGUCAGGGACCAAAGGUCCAACAGGGCCAGAACCACAGCACACUGCUCUGUCAUGCUGAGUCUGACUUGACCUCUUCCACUGAAACUGCCUCUGCUGCACAGAAACCUUUUGCUCAUUGGCAAUCAAGACCCAAAGGCCCUGAGGGAUUUGGAUCUAAGGCAUGAAGGGAUGAACAAAUAAUCUUUCCUUUUUUUGUACCAUAUGCACAAUUCAGGCUCAGAAUACUGAAAGCUUUAUUAAAACCCCUAGUACUGGAUAUUUCAGCUUUAACAGUGCAGGACAAGUAUACUACCAGUAUACUAGUAACUGACAACAGAUUUAAUUAGGUUGUUGUUUCUGUUGUUUUAAUACAGUAUUUCCUUAAGCUGUGUUCCACUGGUACUGAUGUGUUGCUUAGUAGACAGAGUUAACAAUCAGAAAGUGUCUAUAUCUUCUAUCUAAAUUAUUUUAUGCAGCAGCUACCAAUUAUGUAAAAUCUAUGAUUAUGACAGGCUCAAGGAUAUGUUCUUAUGUCACACUGAAUGUGUUGAAGGCCUCUUGCCAGUCAGCAUCUUCAGAUACAACAAAUGUGUGCCUAAAGUGUCUCUUUAGUUCCUGCUGUGUUUUUAAAACUUGAUGUGGAAGAUUUGGCACAGCCCGUCGAUGGUUUCAAGUUUAGCAUUCCCAUCAUGUUGAUGGCAGCUGUAAUACAGGGCAAACUGGCUGGGAGUAAAACCCUUAACAGCCAUUUAGAUGCUUCCCCAAUAACAUCCCAGGUUGAAGAGUGCUUCCCGUAGCUCAGUCAUAUUUAUCAGUGACUCGUGUAUGAAUUAUGUGUUUGUUUUUUCUAACAUAUAUAUAUGUAUACAUACAUAUGCACAUUAAUGUAAUUUAAUGUAAAAUGUAUGAAAUAUUUGUGUGAACCUUUUUGAGUCCACUAAGACAGCCAUCAAUUCAGGUUUUUUGAUGAAGACCAGUCGUUGUGCUUCAACUUUAGGCCUCAUACAUCCGCAGUGUUUAUUCAACAAAAAAAAUCCAACAGUUGCAACAACUAAAUUGGGAACAGUUGUGUAGUUUUGUGAUGCUUUGUUAUGACCUUUUUGUAUGUUUCUAAAUUAUGGCCUUAAUAUCUAAACCCUGUAUUUGUCACAGAACUUUGCAUUUGCACUAAAAUAACAUGAGAAUAACUCUGAAGCUAAUCAAGUGGCAGCUAUGGUAGAUCAUUUAAGGUGGACGGUAAAAGUUUUGUGUUUAUUGCGUGAGGCGCAUUGUGAGUCAUCAUAAGCACACUACCAUUGUACACAUAGUGCACCUAUAGUACAGCCAUGCAUAACUUUUACAUCAUCAGAUUUUGUUACUACUAGAAAUGUAGUCAAUAUUAAACAGGCGUUUUCCGUAUUCUGUUUAUUUAACUAUAAAAUAAUAUUUGAUGUGAUGAUAAUGUACUUGCUGUGCUAAUGUUGACUUAAAGUGGCUCAUGAGAAACAUCUCAAGCAAGCGAUACUUUCUAUUCUAGUUUUGCCAUCGUAAGCUGUGCACAUCUGAACAUAAAUCCACUUUAUUUAAAAAUAGACUUGUUUGGAGGUCUUUGUCACACCAACAAAAGCUCAGACAUUGGGGUAUUUUUUGUAAAUUAAUUGUGGGUGUGUGAAAAACUACACAUUUUUUAUUGCAGGGACUGGAGCACAGAUUCAUCUACAGCCUUUAUUUUGUUAACAGACUGAUAUGGUAAUAGUAAAUGUAAAUGAAGAGGACACUAUAGCAGGUGAUGUGUUAGUCUUUUUCUACAUUAAACAUUAAAUGAUGAAGUUCGAGGUCAUCUUAACAUACUCCACCCAUUUUCUGCAGUGCAUCAGUCCCACUGUUAGCUUAACAGCGUAACAGUUGUGUUGUAGUAGGUCAUGGUUUUCAAAUCCACCUGUUCUUAUAGAUUUUACACCUGUUUUCUGGUGGUUGUGUGAUGGCAUCUGACCGUACCAACUCCAGCUGACCUGCACUUUUUAGCUUUUUCCUGACCUUGUAGUCCACUGCUCCAAGUAAUUUCUACUUGAGUAAAAUUAUUUCUACGGCAUGGUAAUUUAGGUUAUUGGGAUGUUUUUACACCAAGUGAAAUUCUUGAUAUCCAAGUUUGUUAUCCUUAUAUAGUAAAUGGCCACCUUAUAUCUUCACUUUAUAAUGCAUGUGAGUCAAGCUCACUACUGCAGUGGAACUGGCUCUGUUUGCAAAGACACAAGUUUCCAGCAAUAUUCAGUAAUAGAAACUAAGGAGAUAUUGAGGCCUUGUUACAGUGACGUUGACUUUUCUACCCUACCAAGUUAAAAUUAACACAAUGAAUGUACUGUAUAGUUUUAAUCCAGGGGAUGUUCAGGAGACCCACAGUAUACUUAUGAUGAAAUCUAAAUGUGUUUAUGUUUGUGUUCUAAUGAUGCAUGUUUUUCAAAUGUCAGAAAAAUAGUUUUAGAAAUUAUUUAAAUUCUUACCUGCCAUGACCAUAUGUAUCUCUUACUAGUCUGUACUGUAAAAACUUAUGAUCUCAGUUGUAAAUCUUUUUUUUAGCUUUCAAAUCAGGGUUUUGUAAACCACACCCACAGCUUAGGGCAGAAUCAUUUUUGAUGCAUGGAAAAGAUAAACAUAAUCUUAUGACUUUUCAUACGGCUGUAAUAUCUGUGCUUUGUCACUGUAAUGGAAACAGUAAUUUGUCUAAAUACCACGUGUUCUUGAUGAAGGCCUUAUUGCGACAUAUGAACCAGGACAGCUGCGAGACUGCUGGCACUAUUUUUGGUCUUUGCCUUAGCCAAAAACAAAUGCUUUAUUUUCUUUUCUUUUUUUCUUUUUUUUAACAGCUGUCACACAUUCUUCUUCAGAGUUGGGAACCUACCAUUGCAAACAAACGUUCAAUCUUCUCUUCCUUACUUGGACCAACACACCUCACACAUUUACCUAAACUGACAGGAUUCAUUUUAACUCUUGCAGACCAACACCUCCUCGAUCAGAUGCACGAUGUUGAUACUGUGUUUUCUUAACGGUUCACUAUGUGUUGUGAUGUCCUUCUGCUACAAGUAGAUCUUGUUGUUUUGAUACUGGUGAAAUAAAUGAUGGUACUAAAAUAUCAAAGAGGUCAAUGAAGGCUGAAAAUAGCACAACAGCACUGGUCAUAUCCAUCUUUUUUAAAGAACUUUCCUUGUCUGCUGCCAUCAAUUUUUGUUAAAGCACAUUUAUUUAUGAGACGGUGGGCACCAUCAAUUUGCUGUAAUCUAAAGUAUGUUUUUUUGUUUACAUGGAUCUGCACUGGUGUGGUUCCUCUUUCUUGGAUCCUAUUUAUUAACUGAAGUGUAUCGAACCAUGAGUCCCUGAUGCCACCUUUAUAUAUGUUACGUCCUGUUUCAUGGAGUAUCGCCGUUGUUGUGACAUGACCAUGUUGUGUGACCGCAAGUCUCUGUUUUGUCGCUCAGAACAAGAAGUUAAUAGAAGAGGAUUAAAGACUGGUUUUGCUUGUACAGUUGGAUUCUUGUAAUUCUGUAACACUGGAUAUUGAGGUUUUCAUCUAAAUGUUGGCAGCUUUGUUUCCUCAGUGCAUUUCACUCUGCCUUUUUUUAAAUUUCAUUUUAAAGUUGCUGAAAAUGUUUGUGAAAAGGAUUGUGAUUGUCUCAUCAAAAUGUUUCAGUAGUGCACCAGCAUCAGUGAUGGGUAAAAAAAGAAAUAGCUCAAAUAAAUGUUAUCAUUGUCAUUAUUUUUUAAAAUGUGAAACAAAGGAAUUGUGUUAGGAAAACAUGAUGGAUUCCUUUAGUGGAAGCAUGCAGACUGAAUGUAGUGUGGCUUGCUGGAAAUCUGUUUUCUGUAAAUGCAGAAAGUUGUUAAAAUCCUCAUGGGACUUGCCACUAUGGAGGAUUUAGCAAAACAUCAGUUUAAUGUCUUACAGUGUAAAACCUCUGAGGACUCAAGACUUGUUAUAAAUAAUGACUCUGCAGCUAUACCAAUCAAAAAAGAAUAAACUAAGACUGAGGAAGGGUGAGAUGUAAUGUGCUCUAGGGCUCUUUUUCUUUUCUUUUGUACAUUUUAAGUUAGAGACUCAUUGCUUGUGAAAUAAAUGUCAUUCCAAAGAAA